UAAGACCGAAAUAAAGAAAAUUGUCGGAAAAAUACGAUUCACAGUUGAAAGUCGAAUAAAAGGGCUUUGAUAAGUUUAAACUAAGAGAAGGGGCCCCUUUUCGCCCCACCUUUCUUUUCCGGAAAUCAAGUAACCUCAGUUGGAAAAAACAAAAAAUGUUUUAGGAAACAGUAAAAAAUUGUUUUGACCCCAGUUUCAAUUUAAAAAAAAGAACUCUCUAGGAGCACACAUUUUCACAUUUUAGAUAAAUCAAAGGAAUUAAAUAUAAAUGGAGGUGUUCUCGUAUUGGGAUUACAAGCACCCUUUGGAGCACACUUGGACCCUUUGGUACCUGGACGGGAACAAGACAAAGUCCUGGGCAGAGUGCUUGAUGGAGGUGGGGAGUUUCGGGACGGUUGAAGAUUUUUGGUGUUUAUUUAACCAUAUCAAGCCGGUUAGCCAUUUGAAAGGAGGAUGUGAUUACUCACUUUUUAAGAAGGGGAUUCGGCCAAUGUGGGAAGACGAAGCAAACAAGAAUGGAGGUCGAUGGAUACUAAAUGUUGACAAAAAGACAUCACAUCAGAGAUUGGACCAUUACUGGUUGGAACUGGUGUUAAAUAUGAUUGGGGAAUGCUUUCAUGGUCUCAACGACAAGAUUAAUGGGGCAACGAUCAACAUUAGGAGUAAGGGAAAUAAAAUUGGGUUGUGGACCCGUGACUCUGAAAAUGGGCAGCAUGAGAUUAUUGGCAUUGGGAUGAAACUCAAAGAGCUCAUAGGAUAUCCACCGCAUGAAAUAAUUUCUUAUCAGGUGCAUACUGAUGCCCUCCAUAAUUCAGGCACUGGGAAGUAUAAAUACUAUGUCUGAAAAGAAACUAACAACAAUCAAACCCCUUAAAAACUAAAACUAAAAAAAAAUUAAAAAUCAGCAAAAGAGAACAACAAAAAAACAACAAAAAUAUUAAAAUUAAAAAAAAAAAUUUAAAUCAACUUUAAUACCAGACUGUUCCUUUUUUUUUUUUUUUUUUGUUUGGUUUUGUUUAUUUUCCUACCUAGUUCCUUUCGCAUACUCUGAUAUUGCCUCUUCCUCGCCCAAAACGUUCUUGUUUGAGGUAAUUUCAGUAACUUUUUUUAAUUUAUUUUUUGUGCCCCACACCGAUUUUGACCCUUUCCCAUUUGGACUCCGGCAUCAACCCGCCUAAACUGCCAGAAUGAGCAAAGAAAAAACAGAACACAAAUAACCUGCGAUUUGAGAAAGACACAGAAGACACGACAGAAGCUGAGAAAGAGAAGGCUCCGUGCAUUUGGUUGUAAUUCCUUUAUAUUUCUCUCUUUGAAUAUAUAUUGAAAAAGAAAAAUAAUUUAGUUA